UAUAUUGGCGGCAUAAAAUAAGAGAUAUUUGGUCUAUAUCUUAGUUUUUUUUUUUAAAAAAACUUGUCUUUUAUCUUAUUUUUGAUCUAUUGGUUAUUUUGUGUUAGUAGUAAUAUAAGUAAUUUCUAACCAUAGUUAUUUUCUUUUAUUUUAUCAUUUAUAUUGUCAUUUAUGUUACCAUUAAAUGUUUAAUAUACAGAUUUUUUCUUUAUUCUUUGAUUCUAUUUACAUAUACAUUUUAAAAUUAUGUAUACAUUUUUAAUUUGUAAUAUUUUAUUACAUUCUAUAUUUUUUUUGUUAGUUUAAUUCUUUUGUGAGGAGAGAUUAAAUUGCACCAUAAAUUCUACAUUUUUUUAGAAAAUUUCUUUGGCCACCUCCCUAUGGGGGUCACCCCCAGCGAAAAUUCCAAAAUACCCCUGCUUCGGAAGUUCAUUUCCGAAAUACUGCGAUUUCUGCAGAUUUAUCAAAACACUCCCCCUCCCCCAAUCAUUUACCCUAAAUCAAAACAAAAAGUGGCAAAGGCGAAAAUUUGUGCAAACAGAAUUCCAAAGCUGCAUCAAGGCUCCAAUCACACUGCUAAACAACAUUCAAAAGCCCUCAAUCCUAACACUUUGAACAUGUCUGGCAACCAACCAGCUCGCAGGACUGCGUCUUCUAAAGAGGGCGCUAAGGGAAGAAAGGGUUCUUCAAAGAAGGAGGUGAAAGAGGUGAAGGAGGUGAAGGAGGUGAAGGAGGUGAAGGAGAAGAAGAAGCUUUUGACUGGUUCUGCUUCUCGUCCCCUGGGGGUCCAUGGCUCGGACGUGCAGGCUCAGCCUUCAGGCGUGAUCAACGCUGAUGGUUCUGAUACUGAGUGGGAUGAGGAUUGGUAUAAUUAUCUUCAUUCGGAGGAGUUCGCUCGUCGGGAAGAAUAACGUGUUUUUAUUUUGUUUGAUGUGUAUUCUGUAACGCUCGUCGGGCAGAAUAACAUGUUUUUGUUUUGUUUGACGUGUUUUGUUUUGUUUUGUUCUGAUUUCGGAUUGUAUCGCACAGUGUUUUUGUAUUGGAUUUAUCAUGUUAGUUUUUGGA